CUGAGAGUCCGAGACAUUCAGUCUGCAUUGCUGGAAAACGAUGAUUUCUCCGCCCUUUACGUAAUGAAAAGGAAGGGGUAUCGGAAGCGUUUUACAUGAUGAUGAAGAUAUCAAACUCGAUUUCAGAUUUCAUGAGUUUUUACUCUCUAUGGUUGUGUAGACACCAUUAUUCCACAAAUGCAAAUAUUGCUACAUUUUUCAGCAAAUAUGUGGACAAGAACAAUGUCUUCUCUUGGAACUCUAUCAUUGCCGAGUUGGCUAGGAGCGGAGACUCAGUCGAGGCGCUUCGGGCUUUCGCUUCUAUGCGGAAGCUCUCUCUUAGACCAAAUCGUUCCUCAUUCCCGUGCGCCAUCAAAUCGUGUUCUGCCCUUCGUGAUCUCACUUCUGGCAGGCAGGUCCACCAGCAUGUUUUGAUCUUCGGGUAUGGGUCGGACCUUUUUGCGUCGUCAUCGCUAAUUGAUAUGUACUCCAAGUGUGGUAAGCUCGAAGAUGCGAGGUUACUGUUCGACGAAAUUCCCCAACGAAAUGUGGUUUCUUGGACGGCUAUGAUUACUGGGUAUAUACAGAGUGACCACGCCCGUGAUGCUCUCUUGCUCUUCAAAGAACUUUUGGUUGAAGAGAGCGAGAGCCUAGGGGAGGAGGAAGUGUAUGUUGAUGCAGUUGCAUUGGUGUCUGUUCUAUCUGCUUGUUCUCGGGUUUCGGGGAAAACUAUGACGCAGGGGGUUCAUGGUUUUGCAAUAAAAAGGGGGCUUGAUGAGCAUUUGGGUGUAGGGAAUACACUGAUUGAUGCUUAUGCAAAGUGUAGCGAGGUAGGCUUGUCUAGGAAGGUGUUUGAGGAGAUGGCUGAGAAGGAUGUCAUAUCUUGGAACUCGAUUAUUGCAGUUUAUGCUCAAAAUGGGCUUUCCUCUGAAGCAAUAGAAAUGUUUCAUUUAUUGGUGAAAGAUAGAGAAGUUGAAUACAAUGCUGUCACAUUGUCCACCCUCCUGUUGGCAUGUGCACAUGCUGGAGCUCUUCAUGUUGGGAAGUGCAUACAUGAUCAGGUCAUAAAAAUGCGCCUCGAAGAUAAUGUAUAUGUUGGCACCUCAAUCAUUGACAUGUACUGCAAAUGUGGGAGAUUAGAGAUGGCUAGGAAGGCAUUCAAUCGUAUGAAAGAAAAGAAUGUAAAGUCAUGGUCCGCCAUGAUUGCUGGCUAUGGAAUGCAUGGGCGGGCCAAGGAAGCUCUUGAAGUUUUCUACAAGAUGAACCGUGAUGGUGUGACUCCAAAUUACAUCACGUUUGUUUCAGUCUUAGCUGCUUGUGGGCAUGCUGGCUUGGUGGACGAAGGAUGGUAUUGGUUUAGAGCCAUGGAGCACAGAUUCCAUAUACAGCCCGGGCUGGAGCAUUAUAGUUGCAUGGUCGAUCUACUUGGGCGUGCUGGUUUUCUCUCCAAAGCCUAUGAUCUAAUCAAUGAAAUGAAGGUGGCACCAGAUUUUGUGGUUUGGGGUUCUCUCCUUUCUGCAUGCAGAAUGCAAAAAAAUGUAGAGCUUGCGGAAAUUUGUGCUAGUAAAUUAUUUGAAUUAGACCCGAACAACUGUGGAUAUUAUGUCUUGCUUUCAAAUAUAUAUGCCGAUGCUGGAAGAUGGAGAGAUGCAGAAAGGAUGAGAAUGCUUAUGAAAAAUCAGGGGUUAACCAAAACUCCAGGGUUUAGUCUGGUCGAACUCAAAGGUUUAGUUCAUAUAUUUCUGGUCGGAGAUAGAGAACAUCCUCAACAUGAGAAGAUUUAUGCGUAUUUAGAAGAAUUGUCCAUAAAGUUGCAAGCACUUGGCUACACACCGAACAUGACUUCAGUUCUUCACGAUGUUGAUGAGGAGGAGAAAGGGAUGGUGUUACAAGUUCAUAGCGAGAAGUUGGCUGUGGCUUUUGGGAUUAUGAAUUCCGUCCCUGGUGCAACAAUCCAUGUCAUUAAGAAUCUUAGGAUAUGUAGCGACUGCCACACAACAAUUAAGCUGACAACCAAGAUUGUUGAUCGGGAAAUUGUUGUGAGAGACUCCAAGAGAUUCCACCAUUUUAAGGAUGGCUCAUGUUCAUGCGGGGACUACUGGUGAGGUGAAACUACUGAGGAAACAAUGAACCCCUUCUCUGUCUGGAACUUGUGUUUCAUUUGCAAAUGAUGGUAGUUUGGCCGGUUUUUAUGGCAAGAGUUUGUUGAGGUCAGAGAUGGAGGAGGAGGAGGAGUUUCAGACUUCUGUUAUUUAUUAAUUUGUAUUGUUUCUUUUGGAAGAGAGGGUGGGGAAAGAUUUUAAUCUGGGAUCAGGUUAAGCCUUUGAGACUCUUAUGCCUGCAGUGAAUUUACGCAUUUGGGCAAUCUUCCAUUGCUGGUGAAAUUUCACAGCUUAUAAAACAACCAAAUCUUCUGAGCACAAGGGAUAUACCCAUUUUGGCAUCAUUCUCACUAUAAUUGUCGAGUUCGGACAUGUCUUUUGUCUCAAAUACUACCUAGGGAACCAGUAAACUAAGCCUAUAGCGUCUGGCGAUCGACUACGACGAGGCGACGACGCAGCUGUGAGUUGGCAGUGAAAAGGAGGAAUAAGAAUUUCAAGCCCGUUCUUUCCGGAAUCUGAA